AUGGUAAGUGUACUAGUAGACAAACGCAACAUUAGUCGUUUCUUUAAAGAUAGAGAGUUUACGUUUAAAUUCUUUGAAGACACACGGACACCAGAAGAAUUGUGGGAAAUCAUUGAUGAUGUAAAAAAGGAUGCCGAGAACAGCAGCAGUUUCUUCUUUAUCAUCUCAAGCCAUGGCAAAGGGAUCACAUUGAAAAACGAGUCUGGUGGGGCUGAAUUACACAAGGAUACCCAGAAGCCAGUUGUCAUUUCUGAAGAAAUCCGGUUGGUAGAGACCAACGCAUAUGUUCGAGUUGAUGAAAUAGUGUCAAAGUUUGAACAUUUUAUGAUUGGUAAGCCGAAGGUAUUGAUUUUCCAAGCCUGUAGAAACUUACCAGAACUACAACCAGUCAGAGACAGAGCAGAUGAUGGCCUUAUUCCAGUAGAUGUUGAUGAUGCAGUGAGAUAUUAUUCUGCGAUAAUACCGGGGAAUGCCGACAUGGUGGUUGUACAUGACACCAGUAGAGGAGACAAAGCUUACCGUAAUAAAGAGGUUGGUGCUUGGCUGUUCAAUGAGCUAUUUGUCAAUCUGAAUGAAAGAUUCAAAACAGAGCACCUAUUGGAUGUCCUUACACGAUUAAACAAUCGGAUUUCAAAACACAAAAAUCAUGAUGGCAAGGCUGGACUUCAGAUGUCUUGUUUCAUUUCAACUUUAACUAAGUUCUUUUACUUAACUAAUUAAUGAUUAACUUUUGCCCUAAAGUUAAUUUAUUUUGCAUUUAUUGCCUGAAGGACUUGUGUAUUACUAGUGACAUAAUUGUAAAUUGACUUUUCUCAAUUUGUUAAUGCUAAGGAUUGUAAAACAUCCAAUUUUUUUAUUUUUCAGUGAUGGAUAAACUUGUUUUACUUAAAUUUGUUCUUGUAUGUAUUGCGCUGCUGUUGCCGCUGCCACUGCUUUAGACUUACCACCGCUUUAGCUGACGCUUAUUGUAUCUCUGCUGCUGUGAUCUCCGAGUUAUUCUCAGAAUGUUGUUUGUGUACCUAAAAUUAAGGGUAGAAUGGCUCCUUUGUGUAAGUAGUUCCUAGAGAAUAACAGUGUAUUCUUUCUUUUCUGCACUGUUCUACAAUGAAUUUUAAAUCUUUUUAUUGAUUUUUAAAAGUGUUCACAGUGUAUAUAUAUUUAGUAGUUGUAGUUGCUAAAAAGCAGUUAACGAUAAAGGGGUGGAUCCAGAAUUUUUCAAACGGGGGGAGUGGGGGAAAACAUUUUCAAAAUAGAUAAGUGUGUAGCGCUUAUUUCAAUACAUAACAUUGAAAUGCAUUGAAAUUUAAAUAUUUUGUGGCCCCUGUUCCCCGACUGGAUCCACACCUGCAAUAUUAGUAUUUUAAAUGUGUAUUUAAAUUGAUGAAUACAUGUUUAUAGAACAGUGUUGGUUGUUUUUUAUUACAUCUAUUGCAUAUUUUAAAGACCUUGGAACAAAGUAUAAUUAUGACAUCUGUUUUUAGUACAAAUUUAGUAUAAUCUAGUAGUUGAUUGUUUUGUAUAUUUUGUGUUUCAGUUAUUACUGAACUAUACUAACGAUUUUUAAAUCAUGAAUUACGAGAAAUAAAAUGUUAUAGCAAAAUGAAAUCAGAAGUUGUUAAAACACAUUAAUUUGCAUAUGUUGCUUGUAAAAUUGUGACUUGAUGCUUAUAAAGCAGGUCAAUGCUGCUUGUUAAAUUUGGAAGCAUUUGAAACUUUUUUAUGUGUAAAUGUAUAAUAUUGCCCUGUGUAAAACAUAAUUAUUGGUGUAGAUUUGUAGGUAAUUUCAUAUUAACUUUUGUAUGGUAACAUUCGUAAUAAGUAUUAAAAUUAGGUUGGCUUAACCAAACUUUAGAGCGAACAUUCUUGGUUUUAUAUUCCAUUUAUUCUGUAUUGCAGCUGAUAUUCUUUUUACUAUGACAAUUUGUAAUGUUCACGAGAACAAUAAACUCAUAGAAUUUCAUAUUAAUUUUUGUAUGGUAACCUUCGUAAUAAGCAUUAAAAUUAGGUUGGCUUAACCAAACUUUAGAGCGCACAUGGUUUUACAUUCUUUUGUCUAUGACAAUUUGUAAUGUUCACGAGAACAAUAAACUCAUAGAACUGUCA